AUGUUUGUGAGUGGUUCCGGGCCUGUAUUCUGCAUGCUGUGUGUUGGCAUGUCUGGAUCGAGAGAAACAACCGCAUCUUCCGGGACACUAGCUGCUCGUCUAAUGAAGUGCUGCGAAAAUCGACAAGAAAUAGCAUUGAGUGGCUCAUUGCUCAUGGAAAGAUCGAGAGGAACCUGGGGAGUGAAUUUUCAUAGCGAGGAUGAAUGGCUUAGCAGAACGAUUCCUAUUCUGAUCGAUAACCAAGGCAGAUUGCAGAUAUUAAUGGCGGAACUGUUUGUUGGCACCUCCAGUGCACUAGGAGGUUAUGCAAAUGUUGAUCGACCAAGGCAUGUUAUUCAGUUUCAGGACAAACUUGGUAAUGUUGUUCAGGGGAAGACACAUAUCCCUGUUGUCAAGAGAGAGUUUCCUAAGCAGGCUUCAAUCCAGCCUGGUGGAACUUUUUAUUUCGAACAUAGGAAUAUCAAAGGGCUGAACCAGUCACUUGUGGGCUCAAGCACAACAAGCAAUUUCUUUUUGUCUCAGAGGGAGGGGAAGAGAGAGAUUCUUGGCCGGAUAGGACAAUUAAGAGAGGCUGAAACCAAUUUGCAAACACAUUACUUUGACAUGGCUCAUCCGUUAAGAAGUGGAUCCAUGGCUCAACAUGAGGCCAUUGCUGCCAGACGUGGAAACUCUCCCAAAACUCCACCCAGCCCCAAUAUCGAGCAACUUGUACGAGGAGGAGAAGCGAUGAGAUGGUCGGCACAUACAUCACCGUUGGUAAAGGAGCAGCCAGAAUUGGAAAUAGAACACACACCACAGCAGAAGAAGUCGGUUCUUGCCAAGGUGAAGGAGAAGGCCAAGAAAUGGGGCCGCUCUCUGAGCAAGAAGAAGCACAAUGGGGAUGCGAACAACAACAACAACAACAACAACGCUACUCCUUCUUGGGGUGUCAGCUUGGAUGACGAAGAUGAGGACGAUCCUGAAAAUCUUGGAGCCCCGAGUAACAUUCAAAUCUCCCAACUUAACUAUCUAGUUUCCUUCUUCAAUAUGCAUACAUAUAUAUGUUAAGUUACUGACACUAAUUGGGUUUUCCAAUUCCAAUUUAUGCAUUCGUUCAGUGUACGAGUCAGAGAUGGCACCCGAUGGAUACAGCAAGGUUACGGCAGCCAGGCAGCAUCAACCUCCUCCGGCUAGAUCAUCUGCUCCUUUAGUAUUGGAGAAGCAUGUUUCCGUAAAUGCCAACAGCAGCAGCAAUAUUGACAAUCAUCGUAGCAAGUCCCCGACAAGUAAAAUGCUCAUCCGAGAAAGCGUGGCUGCAGGAAAGCAGCCACAGGUAUCUCCCAGUCCCAGGACACUAGCAGAGACUCUCCAGGAGAAGGCUGCUCCUCCACCUCCAGAUACUGCCAGUCAAGUCGUUGCUUCCAAGGACCAAAACCUCAGCAUUUCAACCUCAUCACAACCACAACAAUCUUCAAGUGGAACCAAAACUGAAGCAUCUUCAUCAUCGUCUUCUUCAGGUGCAGCAAGGACAUCUAAAUCAGCAGCUCCAUCCUCUGCGCCGGCAGCAGUUGCUGCAUCAGUCACGUGGAAACACCCACCAGCAUCAGUACCGACGUCUAUGGCAUCGAAACAGGCUGCACCACCAGGGCCAUUGAAAAUAGAAAAGGAAGCACCAGCACCUGUGGCUACAAAGACAGCAGAGGCGGAUGAAAAAGAAACUUACUUAGAGCCCAAGGCUCACUCUGCUCCAGCCCCAGGGAAGGGCAUUGCUCUGGACACAGGUAGAACUAACAACGACCAAAUAUGGGAUAAAGGAGUUUCGGUGAAGGAGUAUUUAAUGAACAAACUCGAGCCAGGAGAAGACGCCAAGGCUCUGUCUCAAGUGAUAUCACAGGCCAUGAGCCCAAGAAAAGCUCCCGGAGAUGCAGGGGUGGUGGAGAAAGUGAAAGAGGUUGUAUCUUCUCUUUGGCAACAAGAAGAUUCUUCUUCUUCAAAAUCUGCUUCUUCCCAGUCCACUUCACAGUCUGCCGUGUCUUCUCGUCCCACUCGUCAUAACCCGCCCUCAUCACCACACAUUCCCAUCUCAACCAACUCCACUGAAGUUGAGGAAGAAACUCAGGGAAGAAUACUCCAAGCCAACUGAAACAAGCAGAUGACAUCCUCGUGCGGCAAAAAUAAAAAGAGGGAUUAUUUAGUAACCGUGCAGCUGAAUGUACCAGAUCCUGUGUGUAGUGAUCAACACAGACAAAGUUUACCAUGACGUUUGUUUAGGUCUUGUAUUUUAUCAAGCAACAUACUUACUUGCUCGUAAUCAACUAAAUAAUGGAUCUGUCGUUAAAGAAAAGCCUAUUGAAUGGAUAACAUGUAACAGAGGUUAGUUGUCAACCUUGGGAAGUUAGAUUUUAGUAAACUAUAAUCACUAUUAGUUUCUAAUCUUCCCUGAGUAGAUCUCGCAAUAUCAUUUUUGAGGAGGAAUUUCGCUUCAUAAGACUAGGCCCUUGUUUAGUUGUUUCUUUCUCAUGAAUUUCUUUACCAC